CAGUGUCAGUAUAUUGGGUAAACAGCUGUUUCUCAAUUUUGUUUACAAUUUUAUUAUUUCAUAAGAAAAAUGAACGAAGAAAUUGACGAAUAUGAUAUUUACCAUCAAGAUUUCACUACAGUUUCGGAGUGGGAAGUGUUUAUUGCCAGGAUAGAAGAAGUGCUGAACGAGUGGAAACUGCCGAAGUUAAAACUUGGGAAACCGACGAAAUACACAAAGAAGUGGUUAUCUAAAACGGAAAAUAUUCGGUUUCACGAUCAAAAUUUUGCCCUUUCUUACCAUGUCCUUGAGCCUGCAGACGGGACAAACAACGCAGAAGAGACAGAUAACAAAUCCUUGUUUGAAGACAUACAAAAUGGCUUGUGGGAGUCGACAACGAAUUUUAUGGACGACGUGGAUGGCAGUCCCUUUCCUGUGUCCUCUUGGUAUGGACUGAAGAGGUAUCUCAUGUUGUGUUCAAGUACUCCUUUAGUGGAGGGUAGUGUGAUCAAACUUGUGAUGAGUUCUAUGAACAUUGCAUUUGCCAACGUUGAUUGUGGGGUACCCUUCUUUGUGAAAAUCAGAGAACACUGGCAGCAUUGUUAUUUAGGGUUGUAUGAGGAUAAUGAGUACAAAACAAGCUUUGAUGUCAUACAUUUAAAGAGAAUCUCUAACCAAUGCUCUCAUCUUAGCGGACUUGUAAGUUUGUUCAAGUCUAAAAUCGCUUCGCCUAUCGCUUUAGAUGCUGUGAUUAUUUCCGCCAAACUGUCUUAUGAAUUAAAAGACUUUGAAUAUUUCUCUUGGAAAAAGACAACACAAACUAAUGAAUUUUUAUCUAUCGAUGGUUUUGAUGUUAAGAAGUUGGUGGAGCUUCCAUUUGGUGCUGAGAAAAAUCCUAUACAGAGUGCAUUACUCAAUGCAAUAUGGCCAAGAUUUCGAGAGAGCACUAUAGUUGACUGCUCCACGUAUUCUGAUAUUGAUCCCCUUAUGGCUCCCAACUGGACGAUUACUCUAAAAAUGAGGGAGAAUAUUGUUUGUCAAUUAUCAGAGACCAUUGGGAAGAUGAUGGACUUGUUGGAUAGUACAAACUUGCUUAUGGACACAUUGGGGUUGAGCAGGAGUUUGGGCCUCAUUAAUCCAUUGCACAAGAUCACUGAAGCACCAAUAACAAUUUCGAAGCUUGUCAAGGCUGCUAUGGGCCAGAGUACAAAUGUGACAGAGUUCAAGGGUCCAAUCUCAGAUGAUCUGUUGAUGCCCAUGCUGUAUUACAUCUUCCCUGAUGCUGUAGAAGACAGUGUCUUCAACUAUCCAGAGCAUUUAGAAGUGGAAUUCAAGCAGGCAGAAGGCAGUGAGAGUAGGCUGUGUGGGUACGUGAAGACGAGCCCCACCGGCGGGCUGGUGUGGCGGCUGUCGCUGGCGGCGGCGCGGCUGCACGAUGCUGGCGGGCUGCCGUACCUGGCGCACCUGUGGUACGAGUUCACGCAGGAGCUGCAGUAUAGAUGGGAACAUAGGAUUCUGGUUCCUGGGGUGGCGGAGGGCAUUCCUAACGCACGCACGUGUCUGCUGCAUCAGAAGUUGCAGCUGUUGAACUGCUGUAUCAAGCGUGCGGCUGAGGGGGGCGGCGGCGGAGGCGGCGGCGGGGGAGUGGGCGCGGGGAACUCCUCCGAGGACGAGUUCUACGACUGCUCGGAGGGCGAGGCGGACGAGCUGCCGCUGUGGGACCGGCCCGUCGGCCGCCUCAGCCGCCUCGGCGACGCCACGCUCAAGAACGGCGCGCCUCUCUACAUCCCCCGCACUCAGGACCCGGCGCCGAAGACGGAGGACCAGUUGGAGGAGGACGCGGAGCUGAUGGUGCGGCUGGGCGACGACGCGCGCGCCUCCGAGCUGCGCGCGCGCAUGAUGAGCGCCUCGCUGCUAUCGGACAUGGAGGCUUUCAAGGCGGCCAACCCCGGCGCGGAGCUGUGCGACUUCGUGCAGUGGUACUCGCCGCGCGAUUGGCGGGCCGAGGGCGGCGGCGCGCUCGGCGACCGCAUGCUGCUGCCCGGCAACCCCUGGCUGGAGGCGUGGGCGGUGGCGCGGCCCGUGCCCGCCGCCCGCCAGCGCCGGCUCUUCGACGAGACGCGCGAGGCCGAGCAGGUGCUGCACUUCCUGCGCGCGCGGACCGUGAGCGGCGUCGCCGAGCUGCUGCUGCCGGCGAUCCUGCGAGCCGGCGCGUUGAAGGCGAUGGAGGAGGGAGUCCCCGGGGGAUCCACAGUGGUCGCGGGGGUCGAUCAGAGGAGGACGUUCGAAAUAGCGGCGAGAGAGUUAUACGAGGCGGAGAAGGAGGCGUGUAGGUCGCUGUGCGUGCGGACGGUGCUGGGGGACAGCGCGGAGGGCUCGCCGCUGGACAUGGCGGGCCGCAGCCGCGUGCUGGCGGCCGUGGGCGGCGCGCUGGCGGCGCCGGCGCGGCGCGAGUUCACGCUGCGCGUGCGCCACGCCGCCGCGCGACACGUCAUGCGCGCCGCGCUCGCCACCGACAUGACCAUCGUCGGCGCCUUCACCGAGCGCAUCGUUUGCUUGUAACAGUACUGGUAGGACUGGUGUCUAGGCGAGUUCGGUAGUAGACGCUAGGACUAGAGUAGGUAAGGUAAAUGACGGAGCGAUCAUGAGUAGUAUACUUAGCUAGCUAGUUAGAUAUUUGAAAUGUACCAAUAUUUAUUCCGUUAUGAAAAUUACUAUUAUUACGUUCGUUAAAAGAGGUUAAUUUAGUAGAGCGGCCUCUGUUUUACUCUACUAUCUUCCGAUUAAAGACAAUCAAUUAGGCUUUCUAAACGCAAUUUCUGCCUUAGACGUUAGAAGCUGUGUAAUAUAGUGUUGUAAAUAUUUCGUUGAGAGAAUUUUCGACUUUACUCUGUUAUCGUUAUCGAGUAGGUAUAUCGUUAUUUGAGAGAAUAUCGUUAAAGUGAUACGUGCCUAUUGUAAGAAAGUAUUCAAAUGUGCAAUUAAGAGCCAAACAUAAAGACGGAUGUUGUGUAUGUUAUCAAUUAUUUAACUCUUGGUCUAUUUCAAACUAUGAACAUCGUAGUAUACAAUAUUUACCUUAAACAUUGAAUGUACGCUAUUAUGAAUUUAUUUGAACUUGUAAGCAACCUGUAAUAGCACUGCAACCGCUGUUUAUUUAUCUCGUUGUUUUGUAUUUUUUCUACUAAGAACCGAUGAAUACAAGUAAGAACAUCACAA